AUGGCAAAACAGGACUCCCCACUGUUCCUACACGGCUUUGACCUGGGGGGACACUUCAUAGACCCCCGGCCUCUGGGCAGCGGGGCCACUGGUCUGGUUCUGUCCGCUGUGGACAAGCGCAGCGGCCAGCGGGUGGCUGUGAAGAAGCUGGUGAUGCGUGACGCGGUCAGCGUGAAGCACGCACUGCGGGAGGUCAAGAUCACACGGCGCCUGCAGCAUGAGAACGUGGUGCGUGUGCACGAGGUUCUGGGCCCUUACGGCCACCCGCUGCCUCGCGACCCGGCCCAGCUGAGUGCCCUGUACAUCGUCCAGGAGUGCAUGGAGACGGACCUAGCUCAGCUGCUAGAGCAGGGACCACUUCCUGGUGGUCACGCCAUUUUGCUCUUCUACCAGCUACUACGAGGCCUCAAGUUCAUCCACUCAGCCAACGUGCUGCACCGCGACCUCAAACCAGCCAACGUGUUCCUCAACACAGACCAGCUACUGCUCAAGAUCGGAGACUUUGGCCUGGCUCGAAUCGUUGACCCACACUACUCCCAUAAGGGCUACCUGUCAGAAGGCUUGGUGACUAAAUGGUACCGGUCUCCACGCCUGUUGCUCUCACCCAACAACUACACCAAGGCCAUCGAUAUGUGGGCAGCUGGCUGCAUCCUGGCAGAGAUGCUAACAGGCCGCAUGCUCUUUGCAGGAGCCCAUGAGCUGGAGCAGAUGCAGCUGAUCCUGUAUACGGUGCCUGUGUUGAGGGAAGAGGACCAUCACGACCUCCGGCAGGUCAUCCCCUCCUACGUCAGCCAUGGUUGGAGGGUCAGGAGGUCCUUCAGAGAACUACUACCUGAAGUAGAUGCAGAUGCCAUAGACUUCCUGGAGCGUAUUCUGACCUUUAACCCCAUGGACCGGCUGACGGCAGAUGCGGCCCUGUCCCAUCCCUUCCUGCAACAGUACUCGUGUCCCCAGGACGAGCCCAUGUCACCCCAGCCCUUCCGCAUAGAGGACGAGCUAGAUGAUAGCCUGGUCACGGAGCCCGGCCACAGCCAGGCCUCUAGGUCUCACUGGGACAGGUAUGAUACCAGCCUGUCAUCAGACCUGUACUGGCAGCAGCAGGGUGGCUGUCAGUGCAUGCCUGGGGUCUCAGAGGUGGUCAACUCCAAAGAGGAGGAGGUCCAGAGAGAUCCCAGGGCAGGUUCCUACCCUCUGUUGGAGGAGGCCCAGGUGGACCCUCGCAAGUAUUCCCACAGCAGCUCUGCCGAGCGCUUCCUGGACCACUCCCACUCCUCUCUGGUGCGGGCCUGUGGGGGCGGGGCUUAUGCUGAGCUGGACUGUGGUCACUCCUGUGACUACAAAGUGGGCUCCCCUUCCUAUCUGGACAAGAUUGCGUGGAGGGACGGCAAGCCGCAGCACUACUCCGAGCCCAAGCUGAUCCUGGACCUGUCUCACUGGAAGAGGAAUAGCCAGCUCCCUGUGCCUGAGGGGCCUGAGCCUAGAGGGGCCAGCGUGGAGGAGCUGCCUGUCGAGGAGCCACCUUGGGACCUAUUCCAGGAGAUCUCUCGCUGGGUGGAGAGCACACAGACUCACCUGUCCUCCGCCAGCCCACCCCAGGAACUCAUGUCCUGCCCCAGCCCACCCAAGGAACCCCUGUCCUGCCCCAGCCCACCCCAGGAACCCCUGUCUUACCCCAGCCCACCCCAGGAACCCCUGUCUUACCCCAGCUCACCCCAGGAACCACUGUCCUGCCCCAGCCCACCCAAGGAACCCCUGUCCUGCCCCAGCUCACCCCAGGGACCCCUGUCUUACUCCAGCUCACCCCGGGAACUCCUGUCCUGCCCCAGCCCACCCAAGGAACCCCUGUCCUGCCCCAGCUCACCCAAGGAACCCCUAUCCUACCCCAGCUCACCCCCACUGCCCCUUUUUCCCACCUCUCUCCCUGCCCCACUCUUUCACAGCUGUUCGCCGGUCGUACAGCCGUCACCUGGACUGGACAAGCGCCACACACUCAGCCCGCCUGCCGCGUCCCAUUCCCCUCCCUCCCUGUUGCCCUGUUCUCCCUCGUCUCCUCCGCCAAUGUCACCUCUCAUUCCUUCGUUGAUUCAUGAGCCCCCACAGACUCUUCCGUCCAGGGGGCAAGGGGGCCCGUUUGACCUAGACAUGUUCAUCUCUCGAGCGCUGAAGCUCUGUGGUCAGAGUGAGGACCUGGGGGGAAGCCCGGACGGGGCCAAACGGGCUAACAUCAAGAGGGUACCUAGACUCCCGGAGCACCGGCCACCCCUACCUCAGACUCCCAACUCCUAA